GCAAUUAGUUUCUUUUAAAAUAUAUAAUCACUUUUAAAAACAUUGUAUAACAAUUUUUUGGAAUAUUUGUUUAACUGUAAGCAUUUUUUGCAAUCAUACAGGAAACUCAGAUGAAGAUAAUUUUUGUGUUUAAGUGGUAAAAAGUGAUUGUAAACACAUGACCAGAUAGUUAGAAAAACCAAGAAAUAUAGUAAAUUAGUAUAAAAAUUAAAGAAGAAAGUAUGAUGUGAUAAUUUUAUGGAUUUGUAAAUUUAACUGAUUUUUAAAGCUAGGAGCCACGGAGAUUAUAGGUAGCAGAGCCAGCCCCUGUUGUAUUACCAUGUGAAAGAAAAGGGGGAAUUAUGCACACAAAGAUGCUUCCCAGUACGACUUUUGGAGCUCGACUCCUUGUGCGCAAUGUGUUACCUCGCAUGCUUCUAAGCCGACUGGAAAGCACAGGAAAGGUGGAAUACGGCCUUGAAAAGAAAUGGGCAUACUACAAUCAACAGGCGAUAGAUAAAGAAGCUUCAAGGCCAUUAAGAGAACUUACGCCAACGCAAUUAAUGUUUGCAGGGAAAUCAAACAAUGGUUCUCACUUACUGAAAAGUUCACAGUUUCUGCAGGAAGAGUUACCUCGGAGAAUUGCUCGUCGUGUGAAAGACUUUCAAAGUUUGCCCUACGUUGUUGCGAUAAAUCCAACCCUUCAAAGUGUGUACGAAUUAUAUCUUCGCGCUUUUCAUAAACUCACGACGUUCCCAAAAAUAAAAACAUUGGAUGAUGAGAAGAAGUACAGCACCUUACUUAGUCAGUUGCUUAAUGACCACACUGGUGUUGUGACGUCAUUGGCCAAAGCUUUUCACGAAGUCAAACACCAAAUUCCCUACGAACUUCUUGGUUCUCUCACUGAGAGAACGUUAAAGUCGAGGUUAGGUAUUCGCCUUCUUGCUGAGCAUCAUUUGGGUUUGAGACUUGAAAAGGCUGGUUACAUUGGUGUGAUAUGCGUUAACAUGUCGCCAAAAAGUAUCGUGGAGAAGUGUGUUUACAACUGCAAGAAUUUAUGUGAAAAAACAUAUAGUUACGCACCGACAGUUUUCGUGUCCGGUCACACGAAGGCAAGAUUUGCACAUAUACCGGCACCGAUGGAAUAUAUUUUGCAAGAACUGAUUAAGAAUGCAAUGAAGGCCACUGUGUUGAAACAUAUUGAAAAACCGUCAGAAAUUCCACCCAUAGAGAUUACAAUAUGCAACAACCCAACGCACCUGAUCAUUAGAAUUUCCGACCGCGGGGGAGGGAUAUCGGAUGCACAACUAGAAGAAAUAUUUAAGUACUCCUUUUCAACUACCAAAGAGGAGGACGACGAACGCUAUUUACAGGAGCAUGGCUGUGCGUUCGAAGGGUUUAUGAAGGCAGCCAAUUCUAAUUCACAUUGCGGUACUCUGUCCGGAUAUGGAUUUGGCUUACCGUCGUCUCUGGCAUACGCGGAUUUCUUGGGCGGCAGCUUGAAUUUGGUACCAAUGCAUGGCUUAGGUACAGACGUCUAUUUAAAACUAUCUCAUAUUGUUGACAACGAAGAUUGCUUUCGAAUAUAAGAUGUUUAGUUGCUAUCUUAAUGUGAGAAUAAAGUGGGUGGGAUUAAAUUGAGGGCGUUAGAAUAGCGUUGUGACAGCUGUUAAAAAGCUAAUUAUUGUUUAUGUGAAAAGAGUGAUUAUUUAUUUCUUUGAAGGUUAUUUAUCAGAUAUUGACACAUGAAUGCAUGAUUUACUUUACGGAAAAUCGGAAUUUUAUUUCGGUAUAAUUUCACAUAGUGAUGUAUAGUGUAGUAUAAAAAAUAUAAUAACAGAUAGUGUAUAUAAUUCACUAGAUGCACAUGACAUGCGCCUGUGGUGUGGUUUAUGAUAAAACUGACUCACGGAUAAGGUUUAAGCCAAGUCUCGUUUUAAAAGGAUGACUAAAAAUAACUUCAUUUCUAGUAUUGCUCUUAAAGAAAGAGUUUAUCAAAAUGUUUUUAGAGCGGAUUGGCGCAAGUUUGGUAAUUGAUGACUAUUUUCUGCAACAGCUUUUUAAAGACUCGUUUGCAUUUGAUUGCAUUUUUCCUGUAGCGCAAAAAGCUCGCAAUUUUAGCGUGCCUGCGCACUUUUACAAAAUUAAAGAUUUGCGCCAUAGCACAAAAUGCAGUAAACUGGUAACGAGCCUUUAUUGCAUGAUUGGAGAAUCUGGGAACGAGCUUUCUUUUUUAUGGUAAGAAAAUUACCAAGAUUUAUCUGACGACUUAUGACGAAGUGGAACGUUAUUUAUACCCAGUUUUUUAGUUUUGUUAGAAAAUGAUAUUAUUAGUUGGGACAUUAUCGGUAUAAUUUCAAUAUUUUUUAGGCUUAUUUUAUUUGUUGUCUUUUGUUAAAUUAUAAAGGAGAUGAAAACUAUUCUUUUCUGAAAUAUAUAUAUUUUUUAUGAAUAAAAAAAAUAUUCAUUUGAA